AUGGAAAAUGAGUUAUACCAUUCUCAAUUCAAUGUUCCUCUUGUGUACGAAGAUAAGGCUACGUCGUAUGCAGCACAUUCAAAGGCUGGUGGGCCUAAUCGGAAUAAUGGUAUUCGAAAUGCCAAUCCCAACAAUGUUGUUGACCAAUAUGCUUACGUUAAGCACAUAAGUAUACGUCUUAAAGGAGACAAAGGAAAGUCCAGUAGGAUUUCCCUCAACAACGGUUCCAAAAAUCCCACCCUGGAACGAGGAUCCAUGAGAGAAUUUCAGAUCGAAUGCAAAGAUAACGGAGGAGCAGGUCCAGAUGAUGGAUUGCUGCUCUCAUCUGUACAAAUUACUCACCCAGAGACCUCCAGAGCUUGGCUUUUUCCAAUCCGUAAAUGGCUCUCCCAUUUUGACGGGGAACGUCUUGCAACUCGUGAUUUUAAAGGAGUGCGCACGGUCUUGACAGAUUAUCAAAUAACAGCAGUGACAGGAGACAUGGACGGGGCUGGCACGGACAGCCGCGUCUUCUUGGUGAUGUGUGGUGAGCGUGGGGAAAGUCCACCGUUCGAGUUGACAUCACCUGACCGUCAUGGCCUCUUUGAUCGUGGCGCCGUGUCCAGAUUUAACAUUCGGACGUACAACCUCGGCGACCUCUUGCACAUUCGAGUUUCUCGCGACUCCAGCGGCACCAUGAAGGGCUGGUACCUGAAACGCGUUAUCGUGGAGGAUCCCUUGCAACCUCAGUGCUGUUACAUGUUUAACUGCAAUGACUGGAUUUCCUUGCCGAAAACCAAUCGGACUAACAGCACUCACGUUAUCAAAAGUGAAGCUUCAACGGCAAAAAAAAAUUGUGAAUAUCGCGUGAGCUUCCAUAUCGCUAAUGCUCGGGGUACCGGUACAACGUCGGAUGUUUUUAUGAGGUUAUACGGCAGGGACGGAGUCGACAACGAGCGAUGGUUCAAUUCCCACGCGAGUCAAUUCGCAGUUGACGGAGCCGUGGUUCGAUUCAGUUUCCUUGCCAACAAGCGGCUUGGCGAUCUAAUAAAAGCUAAAGUUGGCCUUAAUGGGAAGGGUGACUCUCCGGGGCUGUUGCUUGACAAGGUAGUGGUUGAGGACGUUUCGACGAAGGAGGUUUUUACCUUCCCCUGCGGUCAGUGGCUCAUUCCGCAUAGGAUCGGUGCUACGGUUUCUCAACAUUUGUUUAGCGACAAGUCAAGCUCGAGGAGCUUUAGCCCAAUCGCCCCAACACAACAUUUUGAAAUGAUGAUUUCCUCGAAGAGCGAAAAUACUCAGGGAGUGCCGACAGACAUUUACUUCCGGCUCCUUGGUCCAAAAGUGAGACACUUUGACGAAAGUGCAUUUAACAACUCGAUCAGAUCGGGUAAUUUCCAAUCCCCUCACAAAAGCGUUUCUCCAAUAAUCUGCAUUCCUGGAAGCCAGAUACGCCUCGGAGACACCACCUUCUUUACCUUCAACGUUGACGGCUGUGGACGGCUCUCGCCCAGCUCCAAGCUGGCAUUGGGCCAUGGCUCUGCCAGCGGGGCUGCUGAUUGGCUGGUGGAAAAGGUCCUGUUGAAAUGCUUGAACACAGGAAUCACCCAAAUAUUCUGUUGUAAUAAAUGGUUUCCGUUUGCAAAUGAUGUGCCAAAGGCUAAAGAAAUAGGCCCAGUUUACACCGUCAUGCCACCGAAAACAAACGCAGCAAUUUCCAAUGCAAACUGGAAAGUAGAAUUUUACACGGGUAAACUGGCUGGAUCAAGCGCGUCAGCUCGAUUCUAUUUGACUCUAUACGGUGAUCAGGGCAAAACUGAUGAAAUACUACUGAACGAAUAUGACUCCUCUGGCAACAACAACUACAACAACAUGAAUCUCGCACAGAAUUCAUGCAAAAGCUUCAAACUAAACAUGCCUCCCAUCGGCGUCCCUCACAAAGUGCGCAUCAGACUAGAUGAUCCGGGACAUUCGCUCAGCUGGCACCUUGAAAGGGUCAUUUUGCAAAACCUUUUAACCGGAAAGAACUAUUCAUUCGCUUGUAAUAAAUGGAUUACUUCUGAAGACAGCAGCGGAUCACUGGUGUGUGAACUGCCAGCGCGUGGUCCUGAUAUCACCCAGCCCGCAUCAGUGAAACAGUACAAAGUGAAUGUUCACACGGGUGAGUUGUCCAGUGAACACUUCGAUGGACAUGUGUAUAUUAACCUCUUCGGUGACAUCGGUGACACUGGCAAACGCAGACUGAACACAAGAAAUACCGGAGGGACGUUUAGUAAAGGAAAGGUUGAUGAAUUCGUUAUUGAGGCUGUGGAUAUUGGUAAACUGGAAAAGAUUCGAAUUGGUCAUGAUGGGCGAGAUUCAGAUCCAGCGUGGUUUUUGGACAGGGUGACCGUCGAGGAAGUCGGCAAUUCAACGAAUACAGCUGAAUUUGUCAUGGGCGGCUACACGGUGAGAACGAAGACUGGGGAGCACUUGGGCGCCGGCACGAAAGCCGAUGUCUUCCUCGCUGUUGAAGGCGAUGACAGCAAAACGCCCUUGAUGCAACUGAAGCACACCCAAGCAAACAAUGGGCGAUUUCGCAUUGGACAAAUCGAUACUUUUAGUCUUGAAGGACCCUUCGUCGGGAAGAUCCAGAGGGCAAAGAUUUGGAUUGACAGCAAAGACGACGUAGUCAGUUGGUACCUGAAGGACUUUUCAAUAACAGUCAAUGAAGUGUCACUGCGAUACCUAUUCAAUGCUGACAGGUGGUUGACGAAAGUGGAGACUGACAGAUCGAAGGAGUUCGAAUUCACCCCAUCUUCUGUUGAGCGACUAUUCAGUGCUGUUCCUUAUGAAAUAACCUUCUACACGGGCACUGGUGAAAGAAGUGGAACAGAUGCCUUGGUCUAUCUCCAGUUGUUUGGCAGCAAGGGCGCGAAGAAAACGGAAAUGCUAUUGUUCAAAUCGGAAGGAAGGGUGUUUGGCACUGCUGGUGUGGAUACGUUUAACGUUUAUACUGGCGAAGUGGGUGAACUCACGAAGAUUCGAGUGGGCCAUAACGGUACGGGUGAGGAUUCUAAUUGGUACCUAGAAAAAAUUCGCAUUCGGAAGGUCUCCACUCACGCCUGCUCCUGCUGCCACGGCGAAGUUUGUCCAAACCUACGAAAACUACCUACAAUUACAACUGGAGUUGUGAGAACAUGCGAAGACAGUCGCUGCGACUGUCGUCUGGUGCCGACAAGGAAGGUUGGGGACUUGUCUCCUCUGAAAUUGGAAGAUCGAGCACUAGACGAUUACUGGUUUUACGCCAGGCGUUGGUUGCCUCCUACUGAAAAGGAAAAUGACCAAGCAUUUUGUGAACUUCUUCCUACGUCGAUAGAAGGAAAGCCUUUAACAACAGCAACGCCUACGGCUUAUCAAGUCCGCGUCAGGACUGGAAAUGCGUCUGGGAGUGGAACAUCUGCGCGUGUCUAUCUAACGUUAAUUGGGGAAGGUUCAGAGUCUGGGGAAUUCUGUUUUCCUAAUUCAACGGGUUCCAUCUUUUCGAAAGGCAGUGAAGCAGUUUUUCAGGUUGAAGCAGUGGACUUGGGUAAGCUCACCAGAAUUCGCAUAAGGCACGACAACAGUGGUUCGUCUCCGUCCUGGUACUUACAAGACGUAACCGUGUGCGAAACAGAGCCAGAGGAUGGCCGGGAUUACUACUUCCCCUGCGAGACAUGGCUGACGGCCACGGCGGACGGCACGGGCCGUCUGGUUCGCGAAUUUUCGCCAUCACCCCUCGGGGGGCCGCCGAGUGAGGCAAAGGUUCGUCCAAUACAAGACUAUGUGCGAGAAAAUUCACUCGUAGCCGAGAAAAACUACUUUUCGAAGUCCGAACCAGUCCGUGACUAUGUAAAGGAACCAACGCUUUCGAAACCUGACCUGCCGAUCAUUCCUCCACCGGAGUUCAAAACUGACCGGAGAUCGGCCAAUCCAGCGCAAAAGUCCUACGCUGUGUCAAUUAAGACAGGGGAGAACCCAGUUGCCGGAACUUCUAGCAAUGUCUACAUAAAGCUAUUUGGUGCAAGCGGAGAAACAGAGAAAAUUCCACUGAAGGCGGCCUCUGUUGAAUUCGCAAACGCCUCAGCAAACAGGUUCCAGGCUGGCAAUAAAGACACUUUCUUGGUCCAAAUCCCGGAAAUUGGUGAUCUAAAGGGAAUUCGGUUGGGUCACGACAGCUCGGGCGUCGCUCCCUCCUGGUACGUGGAGAACGUGCGUGUGGAGUCAAAGGCGACCGGAGCGGUACUUCAGUUCCCUUGCAAUCGCUGGAUUGAAAAAUCGGGCAAUCGAGGCGAGGCUUAUGUCGAUCUAGCUCCGAAAUUGCCAUCAUUGGGUCUUCAUCAGCCAAGAAUAUUCUACGAGUUUAAGGUCUUUACCAGCGAUAUUGAGGGCGCCGGAACCAAUGCAAACGUGUUCGUUGAACUGACUGGUCCUGAGGGUCGGAAAACAAGUCAAGUUGAACUGAAGGGUGUCUUCCGACAAGGCGGUUGCGAAAUCCUCUGUGUGGAGCUAGAAGACAUCGGCGAACCCCUGCGUAGCCUGCGCAUUGGCCAUAACAACGCCGGACUAAGUCCUGAUUGGCACCUGGACCGUGUAGAAGUUAGACCCAUGAACAGCAAGCUGCCCCAAGAUGAAGUGUACAUCUUCAAAUUUAACCAGUGGUUAUCCGGUACUGGAGGGACCGGCACUGUGCUCUACUCGACUACAGGGAGGCCACAGGCUUGUCCCCCGUCUUCUCCAGAAGGCGCGGCCACUUACGAGAUUUCGGUGACUACAGGGGCUUUGCCAAAUGCCGGAACCACCGCCAAAGUUUACCUUACGUUGAUUGAUUGGAAUGGAAGUGAGGAAGAACGACUGCUAUUCCCGACGAAAGACGGCACCACGCCAUUCCGUCCUGGGCAGACGGAUGUAUUCAUGUGGAAAAACGUUUCCCUAAAAGGAAUUCGUAAAAUCCAACUUCGCCAUGACAACACAGGCACAUCACCGAACCUUUUUGUGAACAAAGUGGUUGUUAAGGAAAUACCACCGUUUGGUAACCAGCCCAUCGUACACACUUUUGACUGCAACCGUUGGAUCAACAGUAAUGGCGAGGAGUUCAAUUUAAGGGCACCAAGACGCUCCACAACCUCACCCUUGCCCCCAGAUGACGCCAUCAAGCUUGAAAUUCCACAAGGAAAGAAAACGUCACUGGCCAAGCCAUCGCUAGACAGCUUGCCACCACCUCAGCAACGCACAAACGACGGCGCAGUGGAGUCGCCAGGCGUGCACUUGAUUUCACCUCCUCAACUGCCACAGCCCGACGAUGGGGAAGGCAAGUCCAAAUUGCCUUACAAGAUCACACUAGCUACGGGAAACGAGGUCGAUGCGGGCACUCAGGGACCGGUUCUGAUGAACCUGGUUGGACCAAAUGGCACCUCCACGGGAUGGCUUUUCUUCCAAACGCAGGCGGGCAAUACCGCUCUCAAUGCGGGUUCAAUUAAGACCUUCGUGUUCAGCGCACCGGCUCUAUCGGAAGUCACUGCCAUUGAGAUUUACAAUCAAGCUGGCGAAACUGCACAAACCGGUUGGCACUUGAACCAUUUAUGCGUGGAAAUUCCGAGCAAUGAGUUGGUCUAUGAAAUUCCCUGCAAUAUCUGGGUGACGUGCAAGAAGGGAACCCGCAGAGCCUACCACCGACUUAUCAUUACCCCGAGCCACCUUUCCAAAAGGGGACUAUCAGGCACAUCUUCAAAGGCAUGCUACAGUUUAAAAAUCUGGCUGAAUGGUCGUGUGCCCCAAAACGUAGGCGACAGUGUGUUCUUGCAGGUGACGGGCAAGAAGGGAGCGUCCAUUGACGGCAUGAUCAACUACCACGACUGGACCCUGCAUAAUCGGCUGCUUACAUUUCACUUCCUUGUCCCCGAUGACAUUGGUGCCUUGGCGGGCUUAAAAGUCCGAUUCAGUGGUGGAAAAUCACACGAGAUUGAUCAGUUUACCUUGGAAAACCUGCCUUACCUCGGUGGGCUGACGGGAUGCCGCCUCUGGCACGACAACCGAAUGCCAGCAGCUGCUUGGCUCUGCGAAUGGAUCAACAUAGAGGGAGUCCUGAAGGAAGGAAGUCGGCUGCUGCCCCAGACGUGGUAUUUCCCCUGCAACCGGUGGCUGCGCGGCGAUGGUCGCUCUCUGGUUGCCCCCCUCGACCUGCUGCCCCUUGACGUCAGUGCGGCACCGGCCCUCGUGAAUCCUGCGUUCAACAUUGACAGCUCUAAGGGGGGUUCAGUGAUGACAGUAGAUCCCCCUAAGGAAACUGAGAAAGCUGAUUACAUUAUUGAAGUGGAAACGGGUAAUGCAAAUGAAGCCGGUACUGAGCUUGUUGGGUGGAUUGUUAUCAAAGGAAGAACCGGAAUCUCCCCAGUUUUUCGACUAACCCACCCUGAUGGCAGUCCCGUUCUCAAAACCGGCCACAAAGACACAUUCAGGGUGAAUUGCGAGUAUCUAGGGGUGCUUCAGCAAAUCUACGUGGGUCUAUACGAUCCAAGUGGCCAUUUUCGCGAGGAUGAACUCGAGCCGAAGUACGUGAACCUGCAGUACAACAGGUCCAACCAGUGGAAUUGCAAACUCAUCGAGGUGACAGACAGUCGAAGUGGUGAGAAGUAUCUCUUCAAUAUCAACCAGUGGAUCCUCGCCUCUUCGAGACUCGACCGACGGGAAGGCGUCUCCGCUAGACCGGCCGAAUUAAGGAAUACCAGACAAGAUAAUUUGAAGCAUAUGAAGGAAUUCUUUAUUCAAAACGAAACUCAAACUGUUACAUAUCGGGUCUCGAUUGAAACAGGAAAUAUUAACAACGCCGGAACAACAGCCAAUGUCUACAUCGUACUCUUUGGCAGUCAGGAGGGCCUAACGUCUGGUUUGCAAAGCCUUGUCAAACUUUCAAAUGAAACUUUCACGCGUGGACGAAAAGAUGUAUUUUUCAUCGCUUGUGAAAACUUAGGCAAUGUAAAGCGUAUCCGAAUUGAACAUGACAAUUCCGGAAGCUCACCAGAUUGGUUCAUCGAGAAAAUCACAGUGCAAGACACGAGCAGCGGCCAUUCAUGGAUCUUCCCAUUUCAGAACUGGCUUUCUUUAACACAGGGAUCAAAGUCUCUUCGACAGGAAUUGACAGCAUCGUAA